AUGUCUGGAAGCAACGCAAGGACGCCUCCGCCUCCGUACACUAAUGACAAUGCAGAAGAGUUGAAGAAAUGCUUCGCAACGCUUUUGAAUGACCAGCAGGAGAUACAGAAACUAUUCAAGUCCGUCGCCGGCCAACUCGAGACAACACCGCAAAUCGGCGAGCAUCACCCUCUCACCGAGGAGUGGAAUACGUUGCGUCAGAGACACCGGAGAGUGUACCGUGAUUCCCAACACAACGCCUCGCAAUGCGCGAGUUUCCUUCACAACUAUGUCGAGGUGGUCAUCCCGCUUUCACAGUCCAAAAUGCCCAUCCGGGAGAAGAAGGUCAUGGUCACGCGGUUCCUUGAGGCUAUCGCGAUACACCAAGAGAACGCGAAGAAGUCCGCAGACAAGUUCAGCGAACUCGGCAAGGGUGUCGAGACUUUCCAGCUCAAGAUCGCUGCUGCGCUUCGGGGCCAGGCGGAAUCGCAGGGCUUCUUCACGAAGGUUUGGUCGGGGCUCGAGGAACUCUGCAUGUCGAUCUGGCAAGCACUGUACAAGCUCCUGACACAGCUGGUCAAGACGUUCCAACGCCUCCUCUCCGGCAUCAACUCCGUGCACUUCUCCCUCGGGCCCCUCCGCACUGAUAUUCGCUUCCACCCAUACUCGGAGGUCCAGGAUGAGCUCAGAAUGGGUCCGCGGAGUACCGUAUCGCAGGUCAAAGACGACUGCCGCGAAUUGACGGAGAAGCUCACAGCGUUCGAGGAAGCCUGGGAGAUCGUCAAGCUCUCGUGUGCCGAUCUCCUCAUCAACCUCGCCAUGGCGAGGUCCAUGACGGCGGUGCCCGCCGCGUUCGACUCCAACGUGCGGAGCGCGCAGCGAGUAUACUCGCCCCUCGUCGAGUGCAUGCGCGCCUACUCGCAGAACCGAUCGCCAGAACUCUAA